AAACGAUAGGGCCAACGGUGCGUGUCACAAGACCAAAAAAACCGUUUUGUAUUUUCCCGCGACAUCCUCGGAGACAAAAAACAGAGUCAGUCUCUUCCCAAACUUCGAAAACAGACACCCCCAAAUUGGAGAGUCCUUUCGAUCACACAAACACGUACAUGCAUUGCACGUCCAUCGUCCUUCCUCGCCAUUCCAAGCUGUAUCCUAUCGUUUUUUCCCUCUCCCUUUUUCUCUCUCUCCCUCUGCGUGCAUGUUUCUCUGUUUCAGGAUAGCUCUCCUCCUCUUCACCCCUCGACGCUUAACCAACUCCACCACUAUCUCCUCCUCCUCCUCCCAAUUGCUCCACCUCCAUUACCACCAUGGGCAAUUGUUGCUUCCGCGGCAGCUCUGCCAAUCCCCUGAGCACCAAGGCGUUGUCCAUGGCCGCGAGCCGGAACAACCGUACCCCGGAUGGUGCUGCCUCGGCGGGGAACCCGACCACCGCCCCGCCUAAGAGCCUGCCCCCAUCGUCAACCCCGCCUGCAUCCGGCUCCAAGGCCUCCAAGCCAAGCCCCAUCGGUCCGGUCCUCGGCCGCCCCAUGGAGGAGGUCAAGUCGAUGUACACGAUCGGGAAGGAGCUAGGGCGGGGGCAGUUCGGGGUCACCCACCUGUGCACCCACAAGCAGACCGGCCAGCAAUUCGCCUGCAAGACAAUCGCCAAGCGGAAGUUGGUCAACAAGGAGGACAUCGAGGACGUCAGGAGGGAGGUCCAGAUCAUGUACCAUCUGACUGGCCAACCCAAUAUCGUGGAGCUCAAGGGCGCGUACGAGGACAAGCACUCGGUGCAUCUGGUGAUGGAGCUGUGCGCCGGGGGGGAGCUGUUCGACCGGAUCAUCUCCAAGGGGCAUUACACGGAGCGGGCUGCGGCCUCGUUGCUCAGGACGAUCGUCCAGAUCGUGCACACGUGCCAUUCCAUGGGGGUCAUACAUAGGGACCUCAAGCCCGAGAACUUCCUUUUGCUCAACAAGGACGAGAACUCGCCGCUCAAGGCCACCGAUUUCGGGCUGUCCGUUUUCUUCAAGCAAGGAGACGUGUUCAAGGAAAUCGUUGGUAGCGCAUAUUAUAUUGCGCCGGAGGUCUUGAAGAGGAGAUAUGGACCAGAGGCUGACAUAUGGAGUAUCGGGGUCAUGCUAUAUAUUCUCCUCUCCGGAGUUCCACCCUUCUGGGCAGAGUCCGAAAACGGGAUUUUCAAUGCAAUCCUACGUGGUCAACUCGACUUUACGAGCGAUCCAUGGCCCUCGAUUUCACCAGGAGCGAAGGACCUUGUUAGGAAGAUGUUGAAUUCUGACCCUAAGCAGAGGCUGACCGCCUUCCAAGUUCUCAGUCAUCCUUGGAUUAAGGAGGAUGGAGAAGCACCCGAUACACCUCUUGACAAUGCAGUUUUGAAUCGGCUCAAACAGUUCAGAGCGAUGAACAAGUUCAAGAAAGCUGCUCUUCGGGUCAUUGCCGGUUGUCUGUCAGAAGAGGAGAUAAUGGGGUUGAAGGAGAUGUUCAAAGGCAUGGACACUGAUAACAGUGGCACAAUCACUCUUGAGGAGCUGAAGCAAGGGCUUUCAAAGCAAGGGACGAGGCUAUCAGAGUACGAAGUCAAACAACUUAUGGAAGCAGCCGAUGCUGAUGGUAAUGGGACGAUAGACUACGAUGAGUUCAUCACCGCAACUAUGCACAUGAACCGGAUGGACAGAGAGGAGCAUCUCUACACGGCUUUUCAGUACUUUGAUAAAGAUAACAGCGGGUUCAUUACAACUGAAGAACUAGAGCAAGCUCUUCGAGAAUUCGGCAUGCACGACGGAAGGGACAUCAAGGAAAUUCUCUCUGAAGUUGACGCCGACAAUGAUGGUCGGAUCAACUACGAUGAGUUCGUGGCAAUGAUGAGAAAAGGAAAUCCAGAACCGAACCCGAAGAAGAGGCGUGACGUCUUUGUUUAAUCUCGCAAAACGGGUGCUUGGGAAGGGGGAAGCAGGAAACAAUUAUUCUUGUCGACCGGGCAUAUAUCAUCGGUUUUUGGCAACUGUACACUGGCACAUAGAUAUAAGAAAUCAAUGCUGAUAGGUUUGGUGAUAGAAGAAGAGUGUUGCACUUUGUAUAUUAGUCUCGAAGCGAUGAAAUUGAAUGAGAUUUGAUUGGAGAGAAUGAUGGAGACGGCGGAGGUUCUCGGUUUUAUAGAAUAGGAAGUUGCUCUGCUUUUAUCUUCUCAACGUCAAUUGUAAUUAACCUGCACAAACUUCUUGGUCUAUAGAUUUCUUUGGAAUUA